ACGACCUAACUCCCUAUUGCAGGUGUCCUUCAAGAUAGAGCAACAACCAGAGACGCGAAGGAAUCCCGCUUUAUCGAACAGGACUGAGGCAGCUGGAAGAGGGAAAGUUUAGUCUCAGAGAGAGAGAGAGAGAGAGAGGAUGGGGUGGGUGGAGCUGUUGCUGCUGCUUCUGACAUUGAGUUCAAUGGGUUCAACAAAUGUAGAAAGCGCAUCGACAAAGGAAAAUUUCACUUUACCUUCCAAUUGCACAAAAAGAUGUGGCAAUAUCAAUUUUGAGUACCCUUUCGGGAUAGACAAAGGUUGUUAUCGUCGGGGCUUUAAUCUUACUUGCAAGAAAAAUACCGACCAACCUCCAAGGCUCUUCUUGGGUGAUGGAAAACUCGAGGUCACUAGAAUCGAUUUGGAUAUUGGGACUGUGCGCGUCAAGACACCCAUUGUCACCAUGGAUUUGGAUGAGAAGUUCAUUAAUGUUCCGUUAAUUGACCUUCAGGGUUGGCCUUACUCUUUCACUUCAUCAGAACAGAAAAUACGUAACACCUAUUUUGAUUUUACAGAUAAUACAUUGCUAGUGUCUGGUUGCAACGCCGUAGCCUCUCUACUGGAUCCCGUUACUAAUGAUACUUUUGAUACUUGCGCAACUAUAUGCACUCCCAAUGGCAACAGGUAUUGCACAAUUGAUCUAUAUAAUUGGAACAGGACUUCUUUGGGGAUUCAAUUAACUCGACUCAACCAGACUGAGUUUCAUCUUGUCAAUAGCUCCAGCAUCAAAAUCUUUCUUUAUGAUACAAGAAAUAUUACUGAUGAUGAUCUCACAGAAAUAAGGAAGGGAAAAAGCACAAAAGCGGAGGUCGCCCUAUCUUGGUACAUCAAAGACCAUCCUACCUGUGAAGAGGCUAAGAAUAUGACAAACUACGCUUGCAUCAAUCCCAAUAGUGACUGCUACGACGUCCUUAAUAAUGCCUACACGAAUUAUAAUUUUGGGUACUUUUGUCGAUGUUCUCUUAAUUAUCAAGGCAAUCCAUACCUACCCGAUGGCUGUCAAGGUAAUAUUCCUCCUAAUCUCUCCUUGUGUGAGUUCGUUUAGAUAAGCAUGACCUGCAGCAAGCUAUGGAUAUUAUUACAGACAUGCUAAUUUUCUCCGUUAUGGUUUAUUAUCAGUCAAACAAUAGAGUCUACUUGAUAUAAUUGCUUGAA